GUGAAUGUUACUGAAAUAGAGCAAGAAAGCUGUAAGGAUGGGUGGGAAUACGACAAAUCAAUUUACGUUUCAACCAUAGUGUCCGAGGAGCAGAAAUUUUGACUCCAUGUCUUCGGACCAUAUACUCCACUGUGGGUAUCUCCAUUUUCUUUGCCAUCGGCUACAUGUUGCUUCCGCUGGCAGCCUUCUUCAUCAGAGACUGGAGAAUGCUGCUGAUUGCCAUCAAUGUCCCAGGAGUUUUCUAUCUCCCUCUUUGGAAGUUGAUCCCGGAGUCCCCUCGAUGGCUUCUCUCUCAGGGCCGGGUGGAGGAGGCGGAGGCCAUUUUGAGAGCCGCUGCCAGGAAGAACAGAGUCACAGCUCCAGAGGUCAUCUUUCAGCCUCUCCAGACAGAAAACAAGACAGAAAAAUUGAGCCGUCACAACGUCGGUGAUCUUGUGAAGUCCAAGAACAUCCGCUGGAUUACGAUCAUGCUGAGCUUUGUGUGGAUUGCAGUCUCCAUUGGGUACUUUGCCUUAUCAUUGAACUCCUCCAAUCUGCAUGGUAACCCCUUCCUGAACUGUUUCCUCUCUGCGGCUGUCGAGGUCCCGGGCAUCAUUCUGUCCUGGCCCUUACUUCGCUCGUGCUCAAGGAGAUUGUGCCUCUUUGCUACGUUGUUCCUCGGUGGAGUGCUACCACUGUUUACUCUGCUCAUACCAAGAGAUUUGAAAUUGGUAUCUAUUGCACUGGAGAUGAUGGGGAAAUUUGGAUUCUCAGUGGCUUUCACUAUCGUGUAUCCCUUCACGGCGGAGCUGUACCCCACAGUCCUGAGGAACACCGCGGUGGGCACCUGCUCCAUGGCUGCUCGGCUGGGCAGCAUUGCUGCCCCCUAUUUCCUCUAUCUGGGUUAG